GAGAAGAUUGCGACAGGGGAAAUCGCUUAUGUUCAUGUAUUUAAAAGAAUAUUGUACCUUUAAUGGGGAUUUUUAAUUUUUCGGCGUAAGGUUCCCUAAUCACACAGAUGUAGCUUCAGUCGGAAAGUCCCUUGAAGAGCCUCUAGAAACUAGAUUUUCAAGCUUUUCGACGAAAAAUGGCGGCGGAAGUGCGAACCCCAGUGUCUGAAGAUCCGACUCACAGAGGAGAAAGUGGCCGCCCUCCUAGGAUGAAGCCAGAGCCAUUGGACACAAAUGCUAUCAAUGCAGCAGGGACGAGUCAAGGCCCGAAGACACCUGGUCCGCAGAGUUUCCGCGAUCGUCAUGACAAGGAGAAGAAAAUUGGUCACAGAAGGGUGGAUGAAUCUGGCCAGGUCACCUACAAAAAGAAACCGACGUCGGAGCUUAUGGCCGCAAUCCAGCUGGGCAUUGGGCAGAGUAUAGGUGGACUUGCGGCUAAACCAGAGAGAGACGUGCUUAUGCAGGAUUUCGCUGUCGUGGAAAGUGUCUUCUUCCCAAGUGAAGGGAGCAACCUGACACCCGCCCAUCAUUUCAGUGACUAUCGCUUCAAAACUUUCGCUCCUGUGGCUUUUCGGUACUUCAGGGAGCUGUUUGGAAUCCAGCCAGAUGACUUCAUGCUUUCUCUAUGUGACGAAGCCAUGGUUGAACUGUCCAAUCCUGGGGCCAGCGGCAGUAUUUUCUAUAUCACCUCAGACGAUGAGUUCAUCAUCAAAACAGUCCAGCACAAAGAGGCUGAGUUCUUGCAGAAGUUACUGCCAGGCUAUUACAUGAAUCUAAAUCAGAACCCAAGAACAUUAUUGCCAAAGUUCUACGGCCUUUACUGUUAUCAGUGUGGUGGGAAAAAUAUCCGUUUCGUUGUGAUGAACAACUUAUUGCCUUCAUCAAUUAAACUCCACGAAAAGUAUGAUUUGAAAGGAAGCACGUACAAACGAAAGGCUUCUAAAAGUGAACGAGCCAAGCCUAGUCCAACGUUAAAAGAUUUAGAUUUUCUUGACAACCAUCCUGAAGGCUUGAUUUUGGAGAAGGAGACGUAUGAUGCUUUGAUCAAAACUAUAAACAGAGAUUGUAUGGUUUUAGAAAGUUUCAAGAUAAUGGACUUCAGUCUCCUGUUAGGUGUUCAUAACUUGGACUUCACAGAGAGGAGACGGGGUGUAUCAGAAGAGAGGGGAGGGGCUGGUCCCACUUCCCCCACAGAGUCCCAGGUGCCCAGUACAAGUGAUGGCUCACAGGAAGGAGGGGCACAACCCUCAGGCCCCGGCAAAGCUAAUCUCCAGCGAGGUAAAUCCUUGAGGACUCGCUUGGCCCAGUAUUCCACAGCCUUGGAGGCCAUCCAGGCCAACACGGAGCCGGUGGAGAUUGAUAAUGAAGAUGUGCCGCCUGGUGGUAUUCCGGCCAGGAACGGGAAGGGAGAGCGACUGUUGUUGUACAUUGGUAUUAUUGACAUUCUUCAGAGCUACAGGCUGAAGAAGAAACUGGAACAUUCAAUGAAGGCUAUUCUCACAGAUGGGGACACAGUUUCGGUCCAUCGUCCUAGUUUUUAUUCCAAUCGCUUUCAACAGUUUUUCUCACAAAAAGUAUUCAAAUAUGUACAAACACUGGACCCACCCCUACUUAAGGGCAUGCAACGUUUUCGAAAAUUGGUACACUUAGCUCUUAAGCAUUCGCCAUCUAAGAAGAAAGGAGUUUCUAUGAAGGCCAGGACUAUGACUGACGUUUCAGAGCAGCCUGAACGACGAAUGCAAGAACGAACACAACGAACAAUAAGCUUUUCAGACGAAGCUGCUGCUGGUGCAAUGGGAGGUAAGCCUGACCUGCUCCCUGAGGAUUCAACGCCACCUCCGACAUUCUCCGAGGCCAUCUCGACGAGCACGGGUCCGAUGGUGGGUUCGUACGAGUCCAGGAGGUCAGGGGUGACUGUCGUGAGUUCUAAAGUUGUCUCCCACACAGUCAUAACCUCUAACGAGGAGUAUUCAUCAAACAGUUACAGGACUGAGCAUUCUACGAGGUCGAUUCCAGCAUCCAGUUUAGACCACACAAGUCCGCUUGAGUAUCGAGAUGGAGUCCGAGCAAACUCAUCCCUGAGCAUGUCCGAGUCCACACCAACGCACACAGAACACACUGAGGGUACGCCGAGCUUUACGGCCUCUAGCCCAAGUUGUUCUAGUGAUAUGCUGGAUGCUCCUGUAACAGGAGAAGACCGCCUCUCCCCGACCUCCCUGAGUCCUGUCCACUCCAGUCUGACUCAACCAACCAGCAGCAGCACGGAGACCUCGUACGCCAGCGCUUUGGAGACGCAGAACGGAGACGCUGCUGUCGAGAUGGACAAACUGACGGAGAGGCGGAGCGGUGUUUACGUAGAUGCUCAAGAGGACAUAGAGCAAGAGCCAGAAAUGUGAUUAUGAAUCAGACACAUCUGUGAUCAGAACGCUAUGGUGAGAAAGGAGUUACAAUUGACAAACAGACAUGACAGACGAGCGAAAAGACAGACAGAAUAAACGCCUGCACAACAGAACAUGCUCAAGCGUGAACAUGGACAGAGUAUGCACAUUGAACUGAGCAUGCAUACCGAGAGGGGGAUGUGUUCUGAAAGGCAAUGGAUUUAAGACUUUCCUUCACACUCUCCAAGCAUUUUUUGUGGCUUUCAGAGAAUAGUAUGAAUCUCCAGCAUGGGGAGAUUUGCAGAUUUCUGACUUUCUGCAGCCGUGACAUAUCACAUACUUCUGAUGUAAGCAUGAAGGCUUGUAGAAGGAGGACUGGUGAUUGUACAAGUCUCCAGCAGACUUGCUGAAAUGUGGACGACACCUGAUUGUACUGCUUUGGCUUGAUGAGGUGUGGAUAUCGAAAAAGCAAGUUCUUCGGGUCAUUUGAUCAUGAUUGGACCAGCAAGACAUAGGUCAAAAUUUCAAAGGCAUGUUUAUGCAGAAUUCAUUGACUAUACAUAUUGGAAUACACUUUAUAAACAGCUGUAACUGUGUAGUGCAGAAAAGCACCAAAAAGGUGUGGAAAUUUUCUCAGUGAUAGUCUUGUCACAUCAUACCAAGUCACAAAAAAUCAUUUGAUAUUGUGGAACAAAGCAGUUUGGGUUGAAAGGUGUGUCCACCACUUAUAUCGCUCCUGUACAAUUGAGCACAUAUGCCAGCCUCACUUCUGUGCCAGAUUGUGCCUACACAACCUCACUGGUGUACAAGAUAACUUCUGCAUGGACUUUACUACAGUACAACUGAGUGUCUACCAGCCCCACUUCUGUGCAAGAUUGUGUUUGCACAACCUCACUGGUGUACACGAUACCAUCUGCGUGGACUUCACUACAGUACAACUGAGUGUCUACCAGCCCCACUUCUGUGCCAGAUUGUGCCUACACAACUUCACUGGUGUACACGAUACCAUCUGCAUGGACUCUACUACAGUACAACUGAGUGUCUACCAGCCCCACUUCUGGCAAGAUUGUGUUUGCACAACUUCACUGGUGUACAAGAUACCAUCUGCAUGGACUUUACUACAGUACAACUGAGUGUCUACCAGCCCCACUUCUGGGCAAGAUUGUGUUUGCACAACCUCACUGGUGUACAAGAUAUCAUCUGCGUGGACUUCACUACAACUGAGUGUGAGCUGUCAUAUCUCAAGAGUCUGUAUAGACUUCACAACAACUUAAUGUUCAUGACAGCUUAACUUCUGUACAAGAUAAUGUCUACACAACUUCACUGUUGUACAAGAUACUGUAGUACCAUUUAGUUUUGGACUCCAUGACAACUGCGUGGCUACGGUAACUUCACUGCAACUGUAAAUUACACUUCAUCCCUGUGCAUCUGAGUGUCAGAAAUGUUACUUUUACUUUUUUCACAACUGAGUAUCAUCACUGAUUUUACUCGUGUAAAUGUACAAAUUUGUAAAUACUGACUCCACUCCUGUACGGAGUGUCAUCGACCACAAACUUCAAAUGAGUACAGCUGUACCAAUAUUAACACUAAUCCUCCACAUGUGUGAUCAGUCACAAACAUUACUCCUGUACAACCUUAUGGACUCGAACCUCAUUGAUGUACAAAUGAGUGAGGACGUCUGUACAUCUGAAUGUCGAUACUGACUUUACUUAUACACAACUGUCAUUGUUGAUAGUAAAUAUCCAUGCUGACUUCACUCAUAGACAACUGUCAUUGUUGAUAGUAAAUAUCAGUGCUGACUUCACUCAUAUACAACUGUCAUUGUUGAUAGUAAAUAUCAAUGCUGACUUCACUCAUACACAACUGUCAUUGUUGAUAGUAAAUAUCAGUGCUGACUUCACUCAUACACAACUGUCAUUGUUGAUAGUAAAUAUCCAUGCUGACUUCACUCAUAUACAACUGUCGUUGUUGAUAGUAAAUAUCAAUGCUGACUUCACUCAUAUACAACUGUCGUUGUUGAUAGUAAAUAUCCAUGCUGACUUCACUCAUAUACAACUGUCGUUGAUAGAAAAUAUCAAUGCUGACUUCACUCAUAUACAACUGUCAUUGUUGAUAGUAAAUAUCAAUGCUGACUUCACUCAUAUACAACUGUCGUUGUUGAUAGUAAAUAUCAAUGCUGACUUCACUCAUAUACAACUGUCGUUGUUGAUAGUAAAUAUCAAUGCUGACUUCACUCAUAUACAACUGUCGUUGAUAGAAAAUAUCAAUGCUGAGUUCACUCAUAUACAAAUGUCAUUGUUGAUAGUAAAUAUCAAUGCUGACUUCACUCAUAUACAACUGUCGUUGUUGAUAGUAAAUAUCAAUGCUGACUUCACUCAUAUACAACUGUCGUUGUUGAUAGUAAAUAUCAAUGCUGACUUCACUCAUAUACAACUGUCGUUGAUAGAAAAUAUCAAUGCUGACUUCACUCAUAUACAACUGUCAGUGACACUGAAUAUCGACACUGACUUUACAACUGUCAUUAUUGACUAUAAUCUUGUACAGCUGUCAGUGUUGAUACAGACUUUACACUUGUCUGACUCUCAAUGUUGAUACGGACUUCACUCUUGUACAACCGAAGGUUGAUAACGACUUCACUCCGGUAGAUUGGCGUGUUCACACUUAUGCAGAUGCCGGUGUAUGUGUAAAUAGCCUACUGGUACCAUGUGUUGGGUUUCUGGAAUGUAAUGUUGUGUGUACAUUUUGAUGUACAUGUACAAUGUAGAUGUGCACGUAUCAUUUGGAAUGCGUUUCCUUGUGGAGACGUCUCUGUGAUGUUGGUGGACACUGGCCACAUAGAAUCCUGGUGGGACAGGGAGGAGUGCAUUGACUUUAGUGGUACAGAGUAAUUGUCAAGUACACGCACGAAGGUGUAAGGAACUGGUAGCAAGGGGUCAGAGGUGACAAACCAUAUACACAAACCUGGCAAAAUUUCAAUCAUUAAACUUGGUAUGUUCCUUUCUGUUAUUUUACCUGAAAUUUGUUAUACAAUAACUUACCUAGAAAACACGGUGUCAAGCAAUAUUUUGACCGUGGGAUGUAAGAAAUAACAAUUUUAAAGUAACUUGAAAUUCUGACUUAAGUCUAAGCUGGCUUAGUGAUCCCAGCGCCUGGUGACAAAGGGGUCCAGGAUGACAAGCUCAUUGUACACAUACAUGGAUAUAAGGGGCCUAAGCGGGGUGCAUGUCUCAAUCUGCCAUGCCAACACUGGCGAUAUCAUCAGGUUUAUCGACAUUCACCAAGACCUACUCCCUCGACUCAGCGGACGACCAAUCCAAGAUUUACAACUAUUUACCACAAUUAUUUGCUGGCAGGCUGAUCAAUUCAGUUCCAGUCAAAUAGUAUUUUUUUAUGGACGGCAAAGACGAAAUGACAGCAUCGUAUAAAAUUUGAGAACAAGCGCUUGCUGCACCCUGUAAUAGUCCAGCUGUGACUGUUGCAUGGUUUGCUGGCACGGACCCGAUGUCAAAAUACCUCUUGGAGCCUUUGAUCGCUUCAACUCAGUCCAUCUUAUGUUAAAUUGAUUUCAUUAUGUAUGCCAACAGCACAUUUUUUUAUUUGCAUAAAUCCUUACACUCAAAAAAAUUAUUUGUUAAUCUUAACAGAAAAUCUGUCGUCUGAGUGAUGGUAGAAUGUAUUCUGUUAUUAUAACACAAUGUUCUGUCAUAUUCAACAUAAUAUCCUGUUAGUCUUACAGAAUCUUUAUGUUGAAUUAAUAGAAUAUGUGUGUUAUAUUUAACAGAACAAUCUGCUGCUGUAGCAGAAUACACUGUAGCAUCACUCAGACAACAGACUUUCCGUUAAACUCAACAGAUUAACUUUUUUUUAUUGCACUGUAAUCUUCAACCUUUUGCGCAUGUCUGCAAUCCGGCCAAAGUAGCUUUGUCUCUAAAAUCAAAUUAAAAAUGUGCAUAAACUACACUGAAAGUUGGUCUUUGAUAUGCGAAAAGGUUGAGGAAUUGGGGUAGCAAAAUUGAGCGCUUAAGUAAAAAGUAUUGGAUUAGAUGACGACAACGACCUGUCCAGUUCUGGUAGGAAGACUUUAGAGUAGCCAGCAGAUCAAGGUAGUAAACGGAGUGAUAUUAAUGCGAUCAAAAUUCGCAGUUUCUGGCUAGAUGAAAUGAGGCAGGGUCCCCAGAAUAAAGUAGAUGUGAAGCACUAUGACGAUAAUUUAUCAUGAUUUUGAAAGUGAUACUGUUUUAAUAGGAAACGUUUCAAAUAGCAUAAAAAUUGCAUUUUUAAUGCCAAUCUAAUCAUUUUGUUCUUUAAAGAAACGAUCACAGAUCGAUCGUUUCCACAUUUCCUGGUGAAGCUGGGAUCGCCUCGAUAUAUCACACAGGAUGUUGCAAUGUUGUUGAUUAGAAAAUCCUUGGACAAAAGGACAAAAUGAAAAGAGUUUUGGAUGAACACAAGACUACAGAGGACCUUUUCUCUGGGUUCGGGUCGCAGGGAAGAUGUCACUAAAAUCCCAGUCAUUUUGUGGGGCGAUGAACCAAGAACAAACUGUUUUUGUUGGGAUCCAUUAUUUAUUUCUGGAGACACACUUAUGUACACCUUAACCUUUUUAUGUUUUUUCUAGAGGUCUAUAAGAAGCCUAUUGUAGUUAUUUGACAUCUGACUGUAGAUAAUAUCGUAUUGUGUACAUAUAUAGUCCCUCAUGUUAUAUCUCCGGCUUUUGAUAUGCUUUAAUGUAUUGUGUAUUUUCUACAUCUGUAUUGUACAGGGCGAUAGAGGCUGUGUAUACAUGUAUAUAUUUACGGGGAGAAAAGCUGGGUUCCUGAUGCUGUACAAUUUACUCGACUGACUUAACCUAAAUACAAAUGCUACACACAUUAUACAUCCGACUGUUGUUGUUGUUGUGUUCUUUGUUUCUGUUAUUCUUGGAUUG